AAGGCUACGAAGGGGCGGGACGGAGCAGUUCGGCCCAAAGUGGCGGUUUACUUGAGGCGGUUGCCUUAGUACAGCGAGUAGACUGAGUCUGUGGCGAAUUGCGGGCCGAUUCCCGGCCAGUGCCAUCUCAGCCGGAGUGGACCUCGGGGCCUCAGAAGCAGACUUGUAUCUGGCCCGAGGCUCCCAGCCGUUCAGCGCGUCUUCCCAUAACCGGAUACCGAUUAUUGGGACUCUCGGCUGCAGACACAGGAGUCACAGAUGCUGGGAAGUAUGGCCCCAAAGAAACCUCGAAAUACCACAAGGUUGCCCCUGGCUUUAAACCCCCUGAAGAGCAAGGACGUGUUGGCAGUGCUGGCUGAGAGGAACCAGGCUAUGGUACCAGUUGGGGCAUGGGUGGAACCUGCCUCACCAGGUAGUUCGGAAAUCCCAGCACAUACAUCAGCAUAUUUGAUUGAAGAAGAACUAAAGGAACAGCUAAGAAGAAAACAAGAAGCUUUGAAACAUUUUCAGAAGCAAGUUAAAUACCGAGUAAAUCAACAAAUUAGGUUGAGAAAAAAGCAACAGCUUCAGAAGUCUUAUGAAAGAGCGGAAAAAGAAGGCUCUAUAGCCAUGCAGUCUUCAGCAGCACACUUAACUUCCAAAAGGACAAGUGUUUUUCCAAACAAUUUGAAUGUUGCUAUUGGAAGUUCUAGGUUACCUCCUUCCCUGAUGCCUGGGGAUGGAAUAGAGGAUGAAGAGAAUCAGAACGAAUUAUUCCAACAACAAGCCCAGGCUCUUAGUCAAACUGUGAAACAGGCACGUCACCGGCUAGCAUCCUUUAAAACUGUGAGUAAAAAAAAGGGAUCAGUGUUUCCAGAUGAUGGAAGGAAAAGCUUUCCCACCCGAGAGGAACUUGACUGUGAGGAACCUGACUAUGAGGAAUCUUCAUCUCUUGUAACUGAUGAGAAAGUGAAAGAAGAUUUGUUUGGGAGAGACCAGCAAGACCAGCAGGAUAUCCUUUCUGAAGAUAAGAACAAACCUUUCGGCAGAGUUCAGAAAGUAAAAUUCAAAAAUCCAUUAUUUGUUCUGAUGGAAGACGAAGAACAAAAUCAGAUACAUUUUGAGGGCCUUCAGGAUAUUCUUCCAGAAGCUCAGGAUUAUUUUCCAGAAGCCCAAGACCAGAAUAUUCUACUCAAAUAUCAGGACCAGGAUUUCCUACCCAGACACCAACAUGUUCUCCCCAAAGACCAAGAUAUUCUACCUAAAUAUCAAGACCAGGAUUUUCUACCUAAAGACCAGGAUUUUUUAUGUAGAGACCGGCAUGUUCUCCCUAAAGACUGGAAUAUUCUACCCAAACGUCAGGACCAGGAUUUUCUACCCAGAGACCAAGGUUAUCUUCCCAAAGACCAAAAUAUUCUACUCAUAUGUCAGGACCGAGAUUUUCUCCCCAGAGACCUGCAUGUUCUCUCCAACGACCAGAAUAUUCUAUCCAAAUGUCAGGACCAAGAUUUUCUACCAAAAUAUCAGAAAGCAGAUCUGAAGCAGCCAACAUCCAUUUUGAUAGAUAGGAGAGGGAGAGAGGCGCUUCCUCUGGAUGUCCAUCAGGAUCUUCUAUGCAUGCAUCAUCAGGCCUCCAUCAGAGGCAAGAAAGUACACUUUGAGGAGCCAUACUCUGAUAUGACAGAUGAGAAAGGGAGAGAAGACUUUUCUCUGGCAGAUUAUCAGUGUUUGCCUCCCAAAUCCCAGGACCAGGAUGGCAUCAUAAACCAGCAACCUGCAUCUUUUAUGAGAGAAGAGAGAGUGAGAGAAGAAUUGCCUCUGGACUAUCAUCAAUAUGUUGUACCUAAAAUCCAGGACCAAGACUCCCCUAGAGAACAGAACAAGCAUAUCAAACUACCCUCAUCUUUUGAGAAAUGGGAGAUUGCAAGAGGAAAUAUUACUGGAGUGCCAUCGGCUUAUGAUGGAUAUCAAUCAGGAUUGAGCACUGAAUUCCAAGCUCCACUGGCAUUUCAGUCUGGCGUAGAUAAAGAAGAAGAUAAGAAAGAGCGUCAAAAGCAGUACCUGAGACAUAGACGACUUUUCAUGGAUAUUGAGAGAGAACAAGUAAAAGAACAACAAAGGCAAAAAGAACAAAAGAAGAAAAUUGAAAAAAUUAAGAAAAAGAGAGAGCAAGAACGUUAUGCUGAAGAGCAGAGGAUCUUAAGAAUGAACUUUCAUGAAGAUCCAUAUUCAGGAGAGAAGAUGAGUGAGAUAUUAGCCCAGUUACAACUGGAAGAAAUAAAAGGAGCCAGAGAAAAACAACAACAGAGAGAAAAAGAAUACCUGAGAUAUGUAGAAGCUUUACGAGCCCAAAUCCAGGAGAAAAUGCAGCUGUAUAAUAUUACUUUACCUCCACUAUGCUGUUGUGGUCCUGAUUUUUGGGAUGCUCAUCCUGAUACCUGUGCCAACAACUGUAUUUUCUAUAAAAACCACAGGGCAUAUACUCGGGCACUACAUUCAUUCAUCAAUUCCUGUGAUGUCCCUGGGGGUAAUUCAACUCUUCGAGUCGCAAUUCAUAGUUUUGCUUCUGCACACAGGCGGACUUUGAAAAAUCUGUAAUGAGAAUCUGAAAUUAACUGGUAGUAUUUUGGCUUUUACUUAAAAUCAGCCCUGAGAGAUUAUUUAAGAAAAGAUGUUCAAGUUAUAAAAUAUAUAAUCUAGAAAGAAAUACUGUCUCAUAUAAUAACUGUCUUUAUAAUUAGAUUGUAAUCAUUGUUUUAAUCUGCCUUGGAACCAAGAUUGAAAGCUGGCUUACUCUUCUUUCUUGUGAACCAUACGGAGCCUAUUAUUUUAAAACACGAUCAGACAAUUAAGGCUUCUCUUACUUUGCUUUGCUCUGAUCAGAAGAGCUCAUGUGAAAUCUUUGAGAUUCUCUCAUUUAUCAUCUUUCUAAAACUGUGUUUUUUAACUUGACAAUAUUGAAAAUGUCUGGAUGAAGCAGAAAAGAAAGUGAUGAAAUGUGUUUCUGAACAUCAGUGGCCAUCUAUAUUGCCAUUACCUUUUCUAGUUGUAUGUAAGAAUUCAAGAUUAGAAGAAUUUAAAUUUGUUGCACAUUUUUUUCUCAAAAUUUUUUCUCUUGUUUUUAAAAAUGUAUUGCCUCUUUCCCCAUUCAGUGACACUAGACAUAGGAAUUUUUAAUUGUGUAAUUUUCUGUUGCAGAAAAGGUAAAUAAAUCCUUUGUCUUUUGAAUAUCUUCUAUGUGAAAUAAUUGUGAGUGACAUUUGAAAAAGUGAAUCUCAAGUCAAAGUGAGUAAAUUCCUUAUUUCCCUAUUUUUAAAAAACCUGGUGAAUGACAUGGCUACAGGGCAAAUGAAAUAAAAAUUGCCAUAGUUGGUAUGAA